AUGAAGAUAACUUGGCGUGACUCGGCGGAUCCGGCCGUCUAUGAGGAGGCGCGUGUGGGCCGUUUGUUCAACCACCGCCGUCCCCAGCGAUUCCCUCUGGCAGUCGUGAAAGCUACCAGCGAGCGCGAGAUUGUCGACGCAGUAAAACUCGCAAUAGAGAAGAACUGUCGGGUCGCUGUGCGUUCCGGAGGACAUGCAUUGGCCGGAUGGAGUGUGCGAGAUCAAUCCAUCUUGAUUGAGCUGGGCGAAUACAAGCAUCUAGAGGUAGACCCAGGGAGUCGAAUUGCAAGGGCUUCGCCCAGCCUAACGGGAAAAGAGCUGAAUGAUGUCCUAGUCAAGGAGCAUGGUAUGAUGUUUCCCGCAGGCCACUGUCCGGAGGUUGGGCUGGGUGGCUUCCUGUUACAGGGAGGGAACGGGUGGAAUUGUCGUAACUGGGGAUGGGGGUGCGAGAGAGUCAAAGCCGUCGACGUCGUGACAGCCACCGGCGAGCUUCUCCAUUGCAAUGCAGCCCAGAAUCGUGACCUCUAUUGGGCGGCGCGGGGAUCUGGUCCGGGGUUCCCCGGGGUAGUGACGCAGUUCCAUCUCGAGCUGAUUCCCUAUCGCAAACUAGGCUUCCGCUCGUCCGGCUAUGUCUACCCAAUCCGCCUCUACCGUGAGGCGUUCGAUUGGGUUCUGUCCAUCACGCCAGGCUUUGAUGGGGAUACACAAAUUCUGGCCGUAUCUUACUACCCAGAGGGGAUCGACGAGCUCUGCUUUUUUGUUUCAUUUCUAGCCAUGAAACAUUCGCCCGAAGAGGCCGAGGAGGCACUGCGUCCGGCCCAAGACAGUAGGCCGGAUGGAGCAAUGACUGAGUGGUUCUGCCAAGAAGAUAGCCUAGAGAACCAAUAUUCUAUCGAGGGAAAGCUCAAUCCGGAAGGGCACCGGUACUGCUCCGAAUCCGCGUAUAUCUGCAAUGAUGCCGACGUGCCUGCCGUGCUGGAGGACGCCUGUAAAGAUCUCCCGCACAAAAAGUCGUAUACCCUCUGGUACGCGGUUUAUCCCAGCAGUCGACGGACGCUGCCCGACAUGGCGAUGAGCAUGCGGUCGGAUCAUUAUUUUGCGUUGUAUGCUAUCUGGGAGGACGAAAAGGACGACCUCCGGUGCCAAUCGUGGGUAGCCAACAUUAUAAAGAAAGUCCAGCACCAUGCGGUCGGCUCCUACCUGGGGGAUGCGGACUUCCAGGUCCGGCAGACAAAGUUCUGGGAGGAUGCCAAUGCACAGCGACUGAUGGAAAUUCGGCGGGAAUGGGAUCCUCAAGGCACAAUCUGCGGCUAUCUCGACAAGGGCGAUCGAUCAGGAGCCAAGGGACUGGAGAAUAAACACGAGUUCAAGUUGUGA